AUGUUCAAACCAAUCCGGUACAAUAUAUGUCAUGAACUUUCAUUGUUAUCAUCGUCAUUAUUUUUUUACCAUCAACCGGCUUUAUUAGGAUUAAAAUGUUUUGACAAAAAGUUCCAUUCUUCAUCAUUAAGAUAUCAACAAGAUGCUUUAACGAAAGCUAAGAAUGUCUUGAAUUAUCAAUUUUCUACUAUAGGGAGCUAUGAUCCUGGGUUAGAGUUUGGUGAUGAACCCUCUGGUGAUUAUAAUAGAGUAAGAAAAAAAGAAGAUUAUUGGUAUCUUGAAUUGUUCAGCUCUAAGACAAAUCUUAAAGAAAACAAGAGAUAUUUCGAGUUGUUCAAAAAAAGUAUUUACAGUAGAGAGGAUAUUCAUAUAAUUCUGGACACUGAAGAUAUAAUGAAGUACUCAUGUGAUACAGAUGCCUGGAGAGCCGGUUCUGGUAAAUGUCUAGAAAUAUAUGAUGAUUUUGAAUCUGAUACCGAAGAGCAUUUUUAUAAAGCUUGUCUUAUUGUGUUUAAUGAUGGGGAUAAAUCAAAAGCUCUACAAUUUGAUUUGAAGUUUUAUGCGUCACAUCAUUUAGUUAACGGAAAACCAUCUUACAGAGAUCAAAGAAUGGAAAUUGAAUCAAUUACUCAUCAUGAAGGUUCUGAAUUGACUAUAGAAGGUAUGAUAAGAAAUUAUGUCGGUACUGUUAAGAAGGAUGAUAAGCUGUCUCCAAUGCAUGAAAAAGAAUUAUUCAAAGCUCAUGAAUUCAAAAAGAAAUGUCACCUUCAUAAUACCAAAUUUACUAAUGAAAAUUAUCAUCAGGAAUCUUAUAUAGAAGGGAAGGGUGUAUCUUGGUGGAAGAGGUAUAAAAAGUCUUUAAAGUUGAAAGAAGAGAAACAGAAAGCUCACAAAAAGACAUUUGAAAACUUUAAGAUGUACAAAUUUGACCGUUUAGAUCCAAAGACUCAAAAAGCAUUCCAUGAUUAUAUUUACCACCAUCUAAAGAUCAAUGAGUAUAUAUAUGGCAAAGCAGUGCAUGGUAUUGGGGGAAUCAAAUCGCUCAGAGCGCAAUAUUUUGGAAAUAUGGAAAGCUUUACAAAUACACAUUCAUGUGAAAACCCAUUGAUUAAAGUUGAUUAUAACAAAGUUGAUUCACAAGAAAACUGUCAAGCUUGUAAAGAUUUUGAAGCUUUGAAAGAAAAAGAAAAUAGACAAGUGAUCCUGGAUGGUUUUGAAGCAGAUGCUGAAUAUGAUGCAUAUGAACCUUACUCUGAGGAAAAUGAACCAAUCAAAUUACCAGUGAUUAAAAAACCUAUUUUGUGCGCUGAUGACCAGGGAAGUAUAUAUUAG